AUGGGCACAGUUAUUGCCAUAUUUGAUUAUGCUAUUGCUGGGUUAAGAAUGAUAGUAAAUGAUAUGAAUGAAUGGAUAAAAGUAAUUUCAAUUUAUGAUUGAUAUUAGAUUGAAUGCAAGUCAUAAUUAUAUUAUCAAAGUGGUGUGACAAAGAAAUUCUAUAUAAUACAAUUAUUGAUCAGAUCAAAACUGAUGUUCUGUUAAGUUUUAGUUUUCAUCUCUAUCUAACUGAUUUUAAUUGUUGCGAGUUCUUUUUUAAAAGCAUUUAUUAAGAAAUUCAAAACUAAAUAAGAGGUCUUUAAAUAAUUAGUCAAAAUUAAUAAACCUUAAACUAAUAAAAAUUCCUUCAUUUUUAUUACCAAAUUAACUGGAAAGACUAAUAGAGCCAAUCUUUAUUAUUGGAAUAAAUUUUCUUUAUGCAGCUCAAGACUUGAUAUUGAAACAAGUUAUCAAAAGAUUUUAGACAUUCCAAUAAACUAUAGACAAGACAUUAUAAUAUGUUAUCAUAAUCCAUAAUUUAGAGUGUCAUAAAGAAUAAAAAAGAAAAUUGGUAUAGUAAAAGAUAUUCCAGGAUUCAUAUACAAUAUUAAUGCUUUAUAUAAGAUGAAACCAUUUAAAAAUAAAUAUGAAAGAAUCAGAACUAUUGAAGGAAUUGAAAAAGUGAUGAAAUUGGGUACAAACGUUCCAAUGGUUAAAAAUAAAAGAAGAAUCUAAAGUACAUAAACUUUUGUCAGAUUUCAUAGGCAAUGGAGUUCUAGAGAAUAUGAAAGUGCUUCAUAAUGA